CCCUCCCCACUCCCCUCGGCGGCGAUCGCUCCGCCUUCCCCCCGCCCCGCCGGAGUCAGUCAGUGGGAGGAAGAUGGCGGCGCUCAUUCCCCACAGCCAGCAGCUUUCCACUGGGAAUCCGUUGUAUGAGACUUAUUACAAACAGGUAGAUCCAACAUACACAGGGAGAGUUGGGGCUAGUGAAGCUGCACUGUUCCUUAAAAAAUCAGGUCUUCCAGACAUUAUCCUUGGAAAAAUAUGGGAUUUGGCUGACCCAGAGGGUAAAGGGUACUUGGAUAAACAGGGUUUCUAUGUUGCAUUGCGACUCGUAGCAUGUGCACAGAAUGGCCAUGAUGUUAACUUGAGCAAUCUAAACUUGACUAUACCACCUCCUAAAUUUCAUGACACUAGCAGUCCCUUAUUGAUCACACCUCCUUCAACAGAGGCUCACUGGGCCGUUAGGGUGGAAGAAAAAGCAAAGUUUGAUGGUAUUUUUGAAAGCCUUUUGCCAGUAAACGGUUUACUUUCAGGAGACAAAGUAAAACCAGUACUGAUGAACUCAAAGCUACCUCUUGAUAUCCUAGGAAGGGUCUGGGAUCUCAGUGAUAUUGACAAAGAUGGACACCUGGACAAGGAUGAAUUUGCUGUGGCAAUGCAUUUGGUAUAUAGAGCUCUUGAGAAGGAGCCAGUUCCCUCAGUAUUACCCCCCCCACUUAUACCACCUUCCAAAAGAAAGAAGACGCCAGUUUUUCCUGGUGCAGUUCCUGUUCUUCCUGCAAGUCCUCCACCUAAAGAUAGCCUUCGUUCUACCCCAUCCCAUGGUAGUGUAAACAGCCUGAAUAGCACAGGAAGUUUGUCACCCAAACACAGCAUCAAGCAAACACAGCCAUCUGUGAAUUGGGUGGUACCAAUGUCUGAUAAGGUGCGAUACGAUGAAAUUUUCUUAAAAACCGAUAUGGACAUGGAUGGCUAUGUGAGCGGCCAAGAAGUGAAGGAUAUUUUUAUACACUCAGGCCUGUCUCAGAAUCUUCUAGCACAUAUAUGGGCAUUGGCAGACACAAGACAGAUGGGAAAGCUAAGCAAAGAUCAGUUUGCACUAGCCAUGUAUUUCAUUCAACAGAAGGUCAGUAAAGGGAUUGAUCCUCCGCAGGUGUUGUCCCCAGAUAUGAUCCCUCCUGCAGAGAGGAAUACUCCCAUACAAACUCUGUCAGGUUACUUGACCCCUGUAGGAACUGAGAUCUCAGCGCUAACAGAAAUGCGUCGUGAUAGUUCAAGUUCUGUCGGAUCAGGAGAAUUUACAGGCGUGAAAGAACUCGAUGAUAUUAGUCAAGAGAUUGCACAUCUGCAGAGAGAAAAGUAUUCACUAGAGCAGGACAUUAGAGAAAAGGAGGACUCAAUUAGACAGAAAACCAAUGAAGUUCAGGAGCUGCAAAAUGAUUUAGACAGAGAAACAAGUAACUUGCAAGAGCUGGAAGCUCAGAAACAAGAUGCUCAAGACCGCCUAGAUGAAAUGGACCAGCAGAAAGCCAAACUGAAAGAUAUGCUAAAUGAUGUGAGGCAGAAAUGUGAGGAAGAAACACAGAUGAUUUCAUCAUUGAAAAUGGAGAUUCAGUCUCAGGAAUCAGAUUUAAAAUCACAGGAAGAUGAUCUGAAUAGAGCAAAAGCAGAGCUGAAUCGUCUCCAGCAAGAAGAGACUCAGCUAGAACAGAGUAUCCAAGCAGGAAAAGUGCAACUUGAAACAAUAAUUAAAUCUUUAAAAUCAACACAGGAAGAAAUUAAUCAGGCAAGAAGUAAACUUUCUCAACUUCAAGAGAGUCACCAGGAAAUCAGUAAAAGUAUUGAACAAAAUAAUGAAGCUCUGAAUGGGAUUCAUGGUGGUAGUAUGACGAAUUUAGCGGACAUAAGUGAAGGAAUUGCACAGAAAGAAAGAGGCAAUUUUGGAGCUAUGGAUGAUCCCUUCAAGAAUAAAGCUUUAUUGUUUAGUAAUAAUACACAAGAAUUGCAUACAGACCCAUUCCAGGCCGAAGAUCCAUUCAGAUCUGAUCCUUUUAAAGGAGCAGACCCUUUCAAAGGCAAUGAUCCAUUCCAGAAUGAUCCUUUUUCAGAACAACCACCUGUUUCAACAGACCCAUUUGGAGGGGAUCCAUUUAAAGAAAGUGACCCAUUUCGUAGUUCUGUCUCUGAGGAUUUUUUUAAGAAACAGGUGAAGAAUGAUCCAUUUACCUCAGAUCCAUUCACAAAAAAACCCACGCUGCCCUCAAAGCCUGACCCCUUUGACAGUCGCGAUCCUUUCACAUCUUCAAGUAUCUCUUCAAAAGGCCCAGAUCCUUUUGGAACGUUAGACCCGUUUGGAAGUGGUGCCUUCAGUAGCAAUGAGGGCUUUGCAGAUUUUAGCCAGAUGUCAAAGCCCACAGCUUCAGACCCUUUCACCUCCUCUUUUGGAGGGAUGGGAUUCUCAGAUGACCCUUUUAAAAGUAAGCCAGACACUCCAGCUCUCCCACCGAAGAAAAAUGUUCCUCCACGACCCAAGCCACCUAGUGGUAAAAGUACUCCUGUAAACCAGCUCGGGUCUGCAGAUUUUACCAAGCCCCAUGAUCCAUUCCAGCCAUUUGGGGCUGAAAGCAGUGACCCGUUUCAAACUAAAAAGGGGUUUGGGGACCCGUUUAGUGGAAAAGAUCCAUUUGCUCCCUCCUCUUCAAGUAAAACUUCUAAAGACUCUUCCUUGGGGUUUGCAGACUUCAGCUCUUUUGGAAAUGAGGAGCAGCAGCUGGCCUGGGCAAAGCGAGAGAGUGAGAAAGCAGAGCAGGAGAGGCUGGCUCGAUUGCGAAGACAAGAACAGGAAGACCUUGAAUUGGCUAUUGCACUUAGUAAGGCUGAUAUGCCAGACUCUUAAAUACAGUCUUUGGGCUCCAUCCAAUCCAAGUCAAACCAUUUAAAAAAAGGUUUUGUAAAAUUCUUGGUUUAUGUUGUGAAGUAAUUGUAGUCACCUUUAAGUCAAAGCAUAACAAGAUUGGCUGGUUAUAUCAAACUGGGCUCUCCAUGGCUUUUCAAGUACAUAAUGCACAGGAAACACACUGUAAAAAUUGUAUUAUACUUCCUAGAUAAAAGUUACUGCUUGUAAGAAAUUUAAUGUAUGACCCUAAGGUACUGAAAGCAAAGUUUCUUUAUAAUGCAGACAGUGAUUGCAUACAAUAAGCUGCAAUUGUGAAUCUGGCUUUUAUUACCUGAAUUCCAUUGUCAUUGUUUUGAGGCUGCAGUAUGAAUAAUAAAAUUAUAGAAAAUGACACUUGUAAAAAAAAAAAAGUUAUGUUUAUAAAAUUAUCACUUAGCUUUCAGUUCUUUUUGUUACAUUUAUUUAAUUUCUCAUAGUAGGCCAAUGACCACCUAGCUCAAAGACUUGAGGGCAAAUUCUUUCCUAGAUGUUCCCCUUUCAUCAGUGAGAUACGGCUUAUCUUAUGAAAGAAACUCUGAUUAUUUAUAUAUUAGAUGCAUAUUGACACAACUCAUGUAGAGUCAAUCAUAUUUUGAAUUCAAAGCCUAUGAGAAUUAAUAGCUUUUUAUUAUUUAAACAUGAUUAUUUGCAUAAGAGUUUUUUAAUAUUUGUACAUGGUGGUAUUAAAAGGAGUGAUCCUGAUAUAGUAAAUUAGACAAAUUAUAGUAAAUUAGACAAAUGAUGACUCAGUUCUAAAUCAUGGGAUAAAAUACAAAUUAAUUCCAUGAAUGAGCAUUAAGACAGGAAUUAUCGUGUUUGAGGCUUUUUUUACAUAAUGUUGAAUAAUUUCAUACUUUUUAAAUUUUAAUUUUGAACUGUAAUCUUCCCUGCAACCGUAUUUUCCCUUCAUUUGCUCUAACAGGCAGAAUAUAGGGCUGCUAUUUGUAUUAUCCAAUUGACUAUGUUACAAUCUCUACCUCGGAAGUGAUUAAGUGUGUGGUCUUAUUUUUAAAUAUUCUGGUUGAUGAUUAAUCUCACUGCCCUUCAUUUAAAGUUAUACAACAGUUGUAUAGACUAGAAAGUUUUUUAUUUUAAACUAGCCCAAGUUCACACAGAUUUCAUUUGCCAGAUAGAUCGAAUAAAUGGAUAUUCAUGCAAAAGUUACAGCAAUAUUUGUAGAACAGAGAGGCUUUAAAAAAACAGCCUAUCUACUGAUAGCACUAAUGAGGCCAGUAUGUCUAGCUUUUUUAUACACUUCCAGAAUUCAGGGGGGAUGUUACAUGUAUUUUAUAGAGGUAAUGCAAUAUGUAUUUUACUUGUCACGGAUAUAAAAUGAGUACUUACGGUAUUUUUUUGCUGUGAAUUAUUCAUUUAUAGAAACUGCCUUUUCUGGUAAUAUACAGGAAUUCAGUACUUCAUUUGUCCUUGCCUUGUGCUCUGGUUUUGUUUGUAAAUGGAAUGGGCAUUUAGGGCCAAAUUUUCAAAAUGUUCUUUGUGAUACCUGUAUUUGCAUCCCCAAUUCUGUACAUGUGCAUAUUGGCUAGUUAACAUUCUGAAUGUCCAAAAUGUAGCCCUCAGCUUGUAAAACAUUCUCUGUUGGAUAGCAUUGAAUUAUUUCUUCAUCUUCUGCAAUGUAUUUACAUUUUUGUGUGUCCCUGUUUUGUUUUUAUUUUUCCUUUCACAAUGAUGUUAGUGCCUGUUUUUCCAGUCAAACAAUCCCUACAUUCUAAUUGCCUCAUUCUGGAUACUUUCCUUUCACAGAGAUAAGAAUCCCAGUAGGGAUUAUUUUUUCUGAUGACUAGUUUUCAGACCUAGAAAUGUAAUUAAACAUUGGUUGUCUUAGGACAAUGCUGCAUUCGCAUUGAAAAUCGACUCUAAAUUGAGAACAUCCAUUUUAAGGUCUUCAGACAGAAUAUAUUUGACAAAACUGAAGCUCAUCAUCUCAGAAGACAUUCUACAGAGUUGCUGAUCCCUGUGUGUAUAACUCCUGUUUAAUGUUAUUACAAAUGCUAUGGGCUUUUAAAUUUGUAUCAGGACGGGAGAAGAGACCCUUAAAUAUUAACAAAACAUAUAUGUUUCUGUGUUGUCCUUUAUUGAAGUAACAAGCUGCCAUGAAUACUGUAGGAAAUAAUCCUGCCAUACUUACAGUACUUGAUGACCUAUGUGGUCCCUUCCAACCAUAACUGUUUUUCUGCAAAGUAUAUUAUGGAGAAUUUAUGGGCUUGUCUACAUGGUAGUAUAAUGCACUCUAGGUGGGUGUGAUUUCUAAAUCACACUAAUGUGUUAUGCAUUAGUUGGUCCACGUUGACCCCUAGUGUGAAUUAACACAGUACUGGGUCAAAAAGCACUAUGUUAAUGAACAUUCACAUAGUGCUAUUUGAACCAGUGCUGCACUAGCCAGAUCUACAUGGACCAAUUAGUGUGCAACAUAUUACGGACGUGUGAUUUCUAAAGCACAUUAGAGCGCAUUACCUCUUUGGUCCACGACACUGAGCUCAUGAAAGCAAAUUAGGUCUACUUGUAGCUAACAUCAAUACAAAGCUUUUACCAUUAAAUGGGGGUGAAUGUAGCAUAUAUUUACAUGGCAGGGCUAUAGAUGUCAUCCUAACUAUAUAGACAGAUCAAAUCAGAAACAGCUGUAUGAGACAGUAUGUGCCUUUUCUCAAUCCACCUUGUACUACAGUCACAUUGCUUCAGAGAGAUAGUUGCCCUUUGUUCUUUGAGCUGUUGUUGCAGUUUUGUUAUUUUAUUUAGUCUUCUCUUGUAUUUUUUCUGUCUUGUGUACAUAUAUAUUUUGCAUUUGUCUUGGUAUCUCUUACACAUCUAGCUCUUCGUUGAAAAAAUAGGCUAUUAGGAUGCAUGAUGAAAUUAAAAAAACUGUAUCUAUGCAUAUAAAGCUUUUAGAUUUUUUUUUCUUUUCAUUUUCAGUAACUGUUCCUACUUUGUAGGAUAUUUCAUUCCUCAUGCAGCUGAAAAAUCUCGUGCUGUUUCAAAGCAACUGCAAUAUCCAAGUCCCCUUCCGAAGUGUAGUGUGAACACAGGGGUCAUUCCUUUGAUUUUACAGCCACAUUAGGACACCGCUCUUCUCCCUUUACAGCUAAUAGAUUUGAUUUUUAUUGUGAAUGCUGCUUUUAUAGUAAUUUCCUCUUUCAUCUCUCCCCCAAUGUAUUGUGUCAAUUGCACUCACCUCUGACUGCAGGGUCAAGCCACCUUCUCCAAGUUGGCAGUGCCAUUCCAUAACCUAUCCUUAGGAGGUGCACUUUCCGCCCCCGCAGCCCAGGGAGUAAAAGCAUUACUUCUGGAAUACACCAGGCCUGAGGUGUGAAAGUUACAAGAUUGCAUUCAAGCUUGAGUUUCUGUGUGGAAAAGUGUGGGGGCCGGGGGAGUAACAUAAUUUGUUUCUCUUCUGCUCAAAUUAAACAGCAUCUUUAAACCAAUGUAUAAAGGAAUUCUACUUCUGGAUCUCCGCACACAAAUGGGGCAUGUGGAUGAGCUAAAGUGCCUGAUUACUCAGAAAAUUAAUGUGCCAUAGAAAGAAUUUCAGCCACUUUAUCAAAUCUCUGAAAUCUCUAAUAUAAUUGUGUUACUUCUGUGAUAUGCAGUUAGAAUGAUAUUACCUCACCCACCUUGUUUCUCUUACUUCUAUGAUAGUUAAUGUUUUUGGGACACAGUAUGAGGUCAGAAAAGUUAAUUUAUCUAAUAUAUAUAUUUAGUAUUAUAUCCAAGUAUAAACUUUGAUUGUCCCUUCUGGGGUCUCGCCUUGUGUGACCAAAUAUUGAGAAUGAGUCAGUAGCAAAAGGUCAAGCAAAUUAACCAAUCAGGAAUCCAAGAAAAUACGUAGUUAAUCCAUUUACAAUUGCAAACAUGCAAUAACCCUAAACUGUUCUGAGAUGGCUUUAAUUUGGGAAGAGAACGGAUAAAUUUUAGAAAGCUGAAGUCUAGGAAACUUCCCUCUGAUUUCUUUCUGUAAUAUCUAAGUUUCUCCUUGUAGAAAGCAGUCGACUUCAUUCUUCCCUAACCUUGGAAGCAACAUUUUUUAUAGAAAUUACUCCACUUUUUCUCCUAAAGCAAAAAUUUAUCUUAACACAUUAAUCUUUCCUUCUUCCACCAAACAUUGAAAUCUUAACCACAGAUUCACUUCAGUUUGGGCAGAUCAGUGGGCGCGCACCCAAAAAUAAGGUACAUCUGUAUGUAAAUAUACAAUAAGUUAUAUAACAAAGACUGUGUAUACGUUCACACAAACUGUAUGUAGUAUAUAAUUAUAUGUGCUCUAUAAAGUGCAUAUGCAGUAAAUAUAUAGUAUAUUACUAUAUACUGUAAAAAUGUGUAUAUAUGUCUAUAUGCAUUAUGUGCAUUUUUUGUAUAGAAAUGGGAAAUGAGACUUUUGUGGUUAGAAUUUCAAAGUUCUGGCAAAAGAAAAAAAACUUCUUCCAAACAUUUUGUUCAAUAAUACUGUUAUUGGCACAACUAGCUGUGUGUUUUGCCAGAUGUCAGAGACACCUGAAGGAUUUGUCUCUCAAAGGUGAGUACAAUCUGCCAAAGAAACGUUUGACAAUGUGGUUUGGAUAUUAUCACCUUUUGUCCACUUGCACUUGCUGUCCAUUUCCGGUCUGCUGGCAUGUGUCUGUGUUGGGGGCAUCUCCUUCCCUUCUCUCAGAGUUAGACAAAACUUUGCCUCCUAGUUUAUUGUUGAAUAUUUUAUUGUUGAAUUAAAGAAUCUUUCACAUAUCUUCAUAUUUGGAUGUUAGGUAGAAAUGUGGUAAAAGAUGCCGUUUUCCUCAAUCUCUUGUCUGUCAUUUUGGUUGCACAGUCACUCUUCUCUGGGUUCGAACUGUGUUUUGUUUGUUUCUCAGUUUCUACCUACAUUUUUGCCUUAGGAGAUGUGACUAUGCAUUGCAUUAAUGAAAGAAUUAAGAUGAUUCAGUUUUCUACAGGGAGAAAUCAUUAGACCACAGAAUGUAAAACAAUCACAAAGAAGGUGCUAGGUUCUAUAGUAGCAUGUGUGUAUUUAGUAUAUACAUCUGCAUUUAUGAAGUGCAGUCACUGCUGGGAUGACUCAUGGCAACCAUUGAUUACCCCACAGCAACAAUACACUGCAUUUCAGACAGAAAUGGAAGAAGACUUUUAUCCAGUUGAAACUAGGCUUUUACAAAAUAUUCUUGUAGGGUCUGCCAACCAUUCUACCAUAGGAACAGAUCAUAUUAAGGGAUGUACUGGUACUUCUGUACUUUUGUAUGAGACUUCAUAUGAUCAGCAUAGUUUUCCUUAUGAAACCUCUGGCCUAAUUAUUUUUAAGUGGGGUAAGUGAUCAGUCUGUAAUGUAUUUUGUUUUAUAUAGUGUGUUCUUAAAUGCAAGGAAAUUCCAAGCUUUUUCUGUUAAAGUAUGGCACUUUUUUUUCUUUCUGGUCUAUGUGAAAUCCUAUUGGUAGACACCUUGUCAUCACUUCAGCUUUGCUAAAAGACAUUGUAUUUUUCUAGGGUUCUUCUUGUAACCCUUUUGGGGUUUACCAUUUUAUUUUUGUAAUACUUCUCCAUAUUUGUCCUGAAGAUUCAGCACUUAUGGAAUUUUGGUCUGUGUGUUAGGAAUCAUCAUUUCCGCCAUGUAUAAGGAUCAUUCCUAUUUUCCAUUUGUCUUUAUUCCCGACUCUCAGAAAAUGCAUUUCUAUUUAAUUCCAAUGUUCCAAAAUAAGUUCCAUCAAACAGAUGUUUUGUUUUGAUCUGUGCUAAUAGAUUGUGUACUUAUAAAUGCAUUGACCUGUCCCAGAUGCAAUUAAAUUACCAAACAGUAAUAGUUAAAUCUCUAUGGUCCAGCAUUUACACCUUUUCUGCAGACCCCCCAUUCACAAUCAAAUCCAUUUACUUUUUCUUAGUAAGGAAAUUUUGUCACAAACUCUGCUUUGAACAUGAUGGAAACGUUAAGGGUUUUUUAGGAUGAACAAGUUAACUUUUAAUAAUUGUUGACAUAUGUUUUAUCAAUUGUUAUUUUAUGGUUCUUUUUACUUGAAAGAUUUAUAAAUAAAAGGCUGAAUU